AUGAACGGAGAAACAAAUUUUUCUUCAAUGACACCACCAACUUUUGAUGGAGAAAGUUAUCAAAUUUGGGCAGUAAGAAUGCGGAUAUAUCUGCAAGCUUUGGAUCUAUGGGAAGUUGUUGAAGAUGAAUACGAGAUAGCUCCCUUGCCUGAGAAUCCCAUGGUGGCACAGAUUAAAACUCACAAGGAGAGGAAAACCAGGAAAUCAAAGGCACUGGCAUGCGUAUUUACUACAGUUUCAUCUAAUAUCUUCACUCGUAUCAUGUCUCUGAAAUCAGCGAAAGAGGUAUGGAAUUAUCUCAACACUGAGUAUGAAGGAGAUGAAAGGAUUCGAGAGCUCUUAAGUGUUUUUAAAGCGCAAGAGCAACAGCGUGUUAUGAGACAAGGAGGAGCUAUUGAAGGUGCCUUACCAUCCAAGCAUCAUGAUGAUGGAUGUUCUAAGAAGAAGAAGAAAAAUAAGAAUAACCAACCAACCAAUGAAGAAGGUGCAGCUCACAACAACAAAAACAAAACAAGUGAUUUCAAAGGAAAAUACUCUCCUUGUAAGCAUUGCGGCAAGCUCGGACAUGCACCUUUCAAGUGUUGGAAGAGGCCUGAUGCUAAGUGCACUAAGUACAAUCAUCUUGGUCAUGAAGCGAUCAUUUGUAAAAACAAAACUCACUAUCAAGAUGCAGAGGCUCGAGUUGUUAAUGAACAGGAAAAAGAUCAACUUUUUGACGCAUCGUGUUUUACAAACAACAUCUCAAGCGAGUCCUGGCUAAUUGAUAGUGGUUGUACAAAUCAUAUGACUCAUGAUGAGGAGAUUUUCAAAUAUAUAGACAAGUCUGCAAUCUCUAAAGUCAGAAUCGGUAAGGGUGAUUAUCUUUCUGCCAAAGGAAAAGGAAUAGUAGCUAUUGAAAGCCGCUCAGGUACAAAGUUAAUUUCAGAUGUACUUUUUGUUCCAGAACUUGAUCAAAAUUUAUUGACCGUAGGACAACUUUUGGAGAAUGGUUUUAAGCUUAAUUUUGGGGACAAGAAAUGUGUGAUAUUUGAUCCAAAAGGUUAA